AUGAAUUUUGGUGGUGGUGACAGUGGUAAUAGUAAUGGUUUACCAAAUUUUAAUUCAAUGGAACAAGUUCUUAAUAAUCCUGCUUUCAUGCAAUACAUUUCACAAUUGAUGCAAGAUCCUCAGUUUAUAGAUAAUGUAAUUGCCAUGAAUCCACAACUGGGAGAAAUGGCACCUCAACUUAGACAAUUGUCACGGGGGCCAGAAUUUCAAUCUUUAUUAUCAAAUCCAGAGGCAAUUCGUCAUAUGGCAACUUUAAUGGGUAAUAAUCCUGGAGGGUUUGGUAUUACAACACCAAACAAAACAACCAAGAAUCAUCUCCUCCCACUAGUAAAGCAUACUUUUUCUUUCACUGAUGAGGAACAAGGGGCCUUUAUUGAAUCUAUUUUUAAUUUGCUUGAAAAAGCACUUAAUGAGUUCCUUAUUGAGAAUGAACAUAUGAUUCCUUCCACUGUUGCCAAGAUCUUUGCCUCCAAACAUCACAUAAAUCCAGAUUUUGAUAAUGCAGAUGCUUAA